GGAGGGAUAUAGAGAGAUAGAAGGAAGGAGAGAGAAAUGGACAUGAUCAAGGCAUACAUUGUCACCACUUGUGCUUUAGGCAGGACCAUUCUCAGUCUCCAUGGUGCCAAAAAGAAAGAAACGGAAGACUAAUACAACACCCCCCUCCCCAGAUUGCAUGUUGGCAAGAAUGACGUGCUGACAUUCUACGAUGGCGAUGACCUCACAGCGAUGAUCCUGGGCCAGUACUCAGGCCACCGUGGCCACUUCAAGCUCUACACCUCCAUGGCAGACGUCACCAUUCAGUUCCAGUCCGACCCGGCCAGCAACGUGUUCGGCUUCCAGAAUGGGUUCGUCAUCCACUUCUUUGAGGUCCCGCGGAACGACACGUGUCCGGAGCUCCCCGAGAUCGCCAACGGCUGGAAGACCACGUCGCACCCGGAGCUCAUCCACGGCACCGUGGUGACCUACCAGUGCUACCCAGGCUUCGACGUGGUGGGCACCGAGAUCCUCAUGUGCCAGUGGGACCUGACCUGGAGCGGGGAUCUGCCCAGCUGUGAGAAGGUGACCAGCUGCUCGGACCCUGGCGAUGUGGAACACAGCCGAAGAGUGCUGUCCGUGAACAAGUUCACCGUGGGCUCCACCGUGCAGUACAUCUGCAACAAGGGCUAUCUGCUGUCAGGGAACAGCCUCCUCACCUGCUACCCCCGCGACUCCAGCGGCCCCAAGUGGAGCGAGAGGCUGCCCAAGUGCUUGCCUGAGACAUACGAGCCUUGCCGGAACCCAGGCGCCCCCUCGUUUAGCAUCCAGAGUGCAGAGAAGCGCUUCUACCAGGCAGGGGAGACACUGAGGUUCUCCUGCUACAACGGCUACCAGCUCGUCGGGGAGGCCGCCAUCAGGUGCAUCCCUGGACACCCGUCACAGUGGAGCAGCCCGCCCCCUGCCUGCAAAGCUUCCAGCUUGGAGUAUUUGAAUGAGCGCAGAUUAGAUGUUGCCAAGGAGUCUUCAGACAGCCCGGUGGAGGGGACCAGUAUUGCCAUGGCGAUCUUCAUCCCCCUGAUCAUCGUAGCUUUUGCCAUUGUGGGAAUAUACCUCUACUUCUCAAAGGUGCAAAGGAAAUCUCUCCGGCUGCCGCUGCCGAACUCCCACCCGUACAACCACAUCACAGGGGAGUCUGCGUUCGACAAUCCCAUCUAUGAGACCGGAGUGAGUACCCAGUCCAUCCAGAUGAGGGAUGUGGAAUCACACAACACCAUUGUGCUCACCUGACUGCCCCCUCCCCGCAUCAUCAUCCACCCCCUCCCUCCACCAUCCACCGGGAUCUGUUGAACAAGACACGAGUCCUUCAUAUGCACCUGCACCCUGCUGUCUGCUUCACUGGGCAAUGCCUGGGACUCUGUCUCGCUGUAAUCUACUACCACUGCGGUUUUGGAUAAUUACACAGCAAUCCACUGCUAGUACUUAUUUCAAACCUACAAUAUAGAUCAUGUAAAAAGUAUUGCAAUGUGAUGUCUAAUAAACAGGUAUGCAAUACAGUGGGGGGCUAUUUUAUGAUCAGAUCUUAGUAACGCUGUCCAAAGACCUAUUUUUACUGUAUUCAGUCAAAUCCAUUGGGAUUAAUAUUCAGUUAGAGGACCACUGUAUUUAGAUCGCCAAGUUUAGAUCAUUCUAAUACCUCUCUGUAUAAAAUGCCUAUACAGAGAGAGACACAUUGCUUGUAGUACUGUGUGUGUGUAUAUAUAUAUAUAUAUAUAGAUAGAUAGAUAGAUAUAGAUAUAGAUAUAGAUAUACUGUACAUAGUACUGCUCAUUACGAGAUUCUAAAUGAAAUGCAGUAUUCCCCUCAUUGCAAUAUUUGUAUUAAAGCAAUAUAAUGAUGCUGUUCUUCACUGCGGUAUCUAAUAUGCAGCACAAUAUGCUGAAAACGAACUGUUGCAGAACGCUUGAGGCUUAAGCAAAGGAGCCAUUUCUGCAAACGAAAUGACAGUCUGAACCAAGAGCACCUUCACAUUGACAAUGUUCAAAUGACAUGCAUGCACUGUACUGAAGCUUUCAAAAUAAUAUUCAAUCUGUGGCUUCAUAAUCCCUGUAUGAUCGUGCAAUAUUACAGAUAAGUAAAGUCAGAUCUGCAGCCUAGCUAUUCAUUUAAAUAUUGAAUCUGAACAGUCAGCUGGGUUCUAGUUGUACUGCCAGCGAACCCCAAGAGAAAUGUUGAAUGUUUUGUUAUAGAAGCAGCAGCCUGCUGCAUGUGUCUGUUAAUGAAUACCAUGUAGUGAGCCGUUCAUAGCCCUUUCUUCCAUGGAGGGCUGUGCAGUGUUGAGCUGAUGCCCAGCUGCAUUGGAUAUAACUAGCACUCCUUACCCCUGUCGAGCUUUCUCUCCGUGUGGGUGUCAUGUUUUCAAUAGACACACUGGCUCUGUGCUGGGGUUGCUUCCACUCCAGUAAAAUCCCUUGCUUUGCAGGAGGUGUCAUUUUCCAAUGCUAUGAGUCGAGUCGUCUGGGACUCUCGGAUUGCAGCUGCAAGAAAAUGAAACAAUCAGAGACACCACGUGUCAUAUUCCUAUAGCCAUUAGCUAUUGGGAAUGUGAAGCCACAUUUGUCAAAAAACAAACAGCAUAUUAAAUGUUUCAUUUCAUCUGAUAAUGUUCGCAUUGAUGCAUCCCAUAACCUUGGGGGGCACGCCUCCUGAGACGUUUCAUUCCAGUGAGCAUUUUGUCACUCGCUUGUUAAUUGACGUGCUUGUUUAUUUACCUUGCUGCUGGGCGA